CUGCGUGAGAGCAGGAGGAGGCAGCCUGAGCCCGUGGGUCCCCGCUGGUUCCCACCGACCUCAUCAAGUUUACAAUAGCGAACAGAAACGCUCCCUCUCCGGCCUUCUCUCCCACAAUGCCUCCAUGUUUGUCCGGGUCCAGUCACGCAGCGGCUCACGCGCGGUAAGCAUUUCUGUUGUUGUUUAACCAGAACCGUCCGCGGCGAAGUGACACCGGGACUCGAACAAGUGACCCGCCUUGUAGAGUUGUAAGAGCGGCUGUGUGAGGGAGACACGCAGCGUAUCUGGCCCGGAGGCAGCACCGCAGGGAACACGGACAGCAGCCGGAUUUUCCUGCGCUUGGCGUCCGGGAGCAGGAGGAAGGGCACCCGCCGCGGCUGCUGGUUUUCUCCCCCGCGGGGAAGGAGGCUAUGAAAAGUGGACUGUCCGGUUCGUCUUCUCCAUCCACCUCCUCCUCCAGCCUGCAUGGAACACAGUGUGCUCUCCGCCACACAGCCCGGUUCUCGGUGAAUAUAUGCCGUAGCAGUCCCCGGUCGAGAGUCCAGCUUCCUCCGCGAAAACCAUCACCAUCAUGAGGACCACCGAGGAGACGGAGGGCUUCGACGCCGAGGCCUCCAACACGUCCAUGAUCUCCGGGGCCAGCAGCCCCUACCAGCCCACCACCGAGCCCGUCCUCGCCAGGAACGUGUUUGGGGGGAUACGGUGCGACGUGCACUACCUCAAGUCUUACUUCGGGAUCCUGAAGGUGGUUGAAGUGGUCCUAUCACUCAUCGGAUUCAUCUGCAUAGAGACCAUCAUGAUGUGCUCCCCCUGUGGAGGCGUCUACUUCUUUGAGUUUGUCAGCUGCAGUGCCUUUGUGGUGACAGGAGUCCUCCUCCUGAUCUUCUGCCUCAACCUGCACACCAAGGUGCCCCAUGUCAACUGGAGCCUCACGGACCUGGUUAACACGGCUGCCAGCACCUUCUUCUUCUUCUUGUCGUCCCUCGUGCUCGCCUGCAUGAACCACAACACUGGAGCUGAAAUCGCAGCAGUGAUCUUUGGCUUCAUGGUGACGGGUGCGUAUGGAAUCAACACCUUCCUGGCGGUACGGAAGAUGCGCCUUGGCAACGGCUGUCAGAGGGCGCCCCAGACCAGCGAGUACAUGCGAGCACGCACGGCAUCUCGUGGAGAAAUGGAGGCACGACCCGAGAUCGCGUGAGCGCUGGCAAACGGUAAAAAGAAAGACUAAGAGAAAGCCACACCACCGUCCGGCAGCUGAGACACUUCUCUGCCUUCAGAACUGUAAAGUCUGUGGCAGAACGGCCUUCUCUCGCUCGCCACGCGCUUUUUGACUUCUCAUCACACCACUUGAGCUGAGCUGUCUCGCUGCUCAGCUGCUGAACACGUCUUCACUUCACAGCCGCAGAUGCGCUCUGUGGAUUUUGUGUGUCAGGCUGCAGGGCCACACAGAGUCUUGACAAUUGAAGGUAGAAAACUUAUCAUCCGCUUAUCUUUCUGUCUGAAGGAUGAUGUCCACGAAGAACCAACAAAGGUCGACUUCACUCCAACUGUGCAUCAGUGAUGAUGGCGUUGAUUUUUUUUUUUAGAUCGGUUUGUGUUUCACUGUGAAUGAAGUGAAGUAGAGGAAGGUCAGCUUUUGUACAGUUUGCUUAUAUCACGCUGCUGUUUGUAAAGUCUUUGGUAAUAAUAAAUGCGAUUGUGGAUCCAGGACGCCCCUGUACCAGAAACCCACGGCAGCCUGCCGGAAACCCACCACGA